AAGGACAGAGAGACGUCAGCACGCCCCACCUCUGCUUCAGUCAGUCAGAGAGAUUCAAAUGACAUGUUAAAUGACAUGAGGACACACUUCUGCUCCAGAUCUCUCUGCUUCAUACGCCUGCCUUAUUAUAUGACGAACAAUAGUGCAAAAGCGAGAACUUUGAGCAAUAUCACCUGAAACUAUUUAUUUGAAAUUGUUUAGAUUAGUGUGCACAGAAUGAAAAGCGUCGUGACGGUGUGCUGUCUGAGUUUUCUGCUGGGGCUUGUGGCUUUAGUUGAGACUGAUGAAGACUACACUGAAGAUGAAGAGAUGAUCCUGUCUCUGAUUCUGCAGGAUGACACCCAGCCUGAAGCAGAGAGCAGGCCAUCCGCCCAGUUUUACAGGUGCACUAAGGACGCAUGGCGCAUGCCGGGUCAGUAUAUAGUGGUGAUGCGGAACGGAACGCACGUGAACCAGGUGGAGCGCACCGCGCGCAGACUCCGCGCGAAAGCCGCCAAACGCGGAUAUCUGAUCGAAAUACUGCAGACUUAUUCGGGAGCUUUCCACGGGUUUCUGGUGAAAAUGAGCAGCGAUGUUCUUCACAUGGCAGUAAAGCUGCCCCAUGUGGAAUUCAUUGAAGAGGAUUCCUCCAUUUUUGCCCAAAGCAUCCCAUGGAACCUGCAGCGCAUCCUUCAAAACAAACAUGAGAGUGGAAAAUAUUCACCACCCAAUGACGGAGCAAAGGUGGGAGUGUAUCUUUUGGACACAAGCGUUCAAGUGACUCAUCGUGAGAUUGAGGACAGGGUGAUGGUAACGGACUUCAACAGUGUGCCAGAGGAGGAUGGGGUCAGAGUUCACAGACAGGCUAGUCAGUGUGACAGUCAUGGCACACACAUAGCAGGUGUGGUCAGUGGACGGGACUCGGGUGUAGCUCGAGGUGCCAGUUUAAACAGCGUCCGAGUGUUAAACUGCCAAGGCAAGGGUACGGUGUCAGGAGCUUUGGCAGGUCUGGAGUAUAUCCAGUCAUCUCUGAUGUCUCAGCCUAUCAGACCUGUGAUUGUACUGCUGCCAUUUGUAGGGGGAUUUAGUCGUACACUCAACGCUGCCUGCAGGAAGAUGGUGGAAUCUGGCACAGUGCUUAUUGCUGCAGCUGGUAACUACAACGAUGAUGCUUGUCUGUACUCACCAGCCUCAGAGCCAGAGGUGAUAACAGUAGGGGCCGUUAAUUUUGCUGACCAGCCCUUGAGCACUGGGACGACAGGCACCAAUGUGGGCCGCUGCGUGGAUGUGUUCGCACCUGGUGAUGACAUCAUCAGUGCUUCCAGCGAUUGCUCCACCUGCUUCACCACCAAGAGCGGAACAUCACAGGCAGCGGCACAUGUUGCUGGCAUAGCAGCGGUGCUCCUGAAUCGGAGUCCAAACUCCAGCUCUGCUGAGCUUCUGCAGCAGCUCCUCCAUCAUUCAGUCAGACAUGUCAUUAACCCAGAGUCUCUGCCACUAAACCACCGUCUCUCUACACCCAACAUGGUGGCCGCCCUGCCGGACUCGACCUCCACACUCAUAGGGGAGGACCUGCUCUGUAGAUCUGUUUGGUCUGAGAGGUCAGCUGUUAAAGGUUUGGCCACAACUACAGCCCGCUGUCGCCACAGUGAAGAGGUGCUGAGCUGCUCCAGUUUCUCACAAAAUGGAGUAAGAGCUGGAGAAAGAGUGGAGGAGAGAGAUGGGCAGAAAGAGUGUGUUGCUGUCAAUGGGAAUGGAGGGCAUGGUGUGUUCGCUAUUGCGCGCUGCUGCACAGGCCAUAAAGCUCAGUGCCAGAUGUUAGAGAGUCCCGAGAGAGGCGAGGAUGCAGAUUGUCCUCCAGACCACCAGCUGACAGGCUGCAGUUAUUCCUCUUCAUCUGGAGAUGUAUCAUACUCUGAUCGACCUCUACAUGGCAGCCGCAGGGCAUGUCCUGCUAAAAGGGGUGAAAUGUCAUACGCAUCCUGCUGCCACACAUCCUCUCUGGAGUGCCGGCUGAAAGAACACGACCCCACAGGUGUCAGCGAGCAGGUGAAGGUUUCAUGUGAGGACUCGUGGACACUGACAGGCUGUCAGGGUCUGUCGUCUGGGUCUGGUGUUCGCGGGGCAUUUGCUUUGGGAAACACCUGUGUAGUUCAUACAGCUGGAGGAGAUAAAGGGGCUGCCGCCAUUGCCACCUGCUGCAGGCACCGCACAACCCACCAGCCGUCUGAACACUGAGGGAUAUGCAUUCCUCUUUUGUCACUUCUCUAAAUAUGUAACCAUGGACAUGACUUCUAUAACACAUUAUAGUAGGAGGUGUUACACAAGUGAGCUCAGUUCUGUCACAAUGCGAUAUUACAUUAUAGAGAAGUGCAUUGUAACUGGUUCUGAAUAUAACGAUAUAUAAUCUAGACACUCAACAAGUGGCACUAUAACACUUAAA